GCCAUCGGCUAGCGCACACCGCACUCGUCGUGCUCCCUUCGGGCCUCCUCCUGUCGAAGCUCGAGGACACCGCCCUCCGAGAGGACCGCGGAGCUCCCGUUCCGUCAGCACACGCCUCUUGCGAUCACCAUGCGUGCUCUGCUCGCCUUGUCUCUGCUGGCCGUGGUGACGGUCAGCUCCGCACUGAAUGAGGAGCUCGAGCUUCGCCAGCUCCUGCUCUCGCGGCCGGAGCGCAUGAUCCGACCGGCGAGCGUCUACAACGACAGCAUCAACGUCAUCGUCGGCUUGAUGGCGACAGACGUCGAGGUGGACGAGCGCCGCAACACGGCCACCGUCAGCGGCUGGCUGCACAUCGAGUGGGAUAGCCCUGCGCUCGCCUGGACCGACUUCCCGGCCGGCGACGGCGUGAGCCGCACACGCCUGCCGCUCUCCGAGAUGUGGUGGCCCGACCUCCUGCCGUACAACAUGGUGCCCUCGGCGGGCGCCGAGUGGCUGCGCGCCACGCCGGCGAUGAUCUGGCGCGGCGGACGCGUCAUGGUCGUCCCGAUGGUGACCAUCACCGUCCGCUGCAGCCGCAACGUCACCGACGACUCGGACCAGCUCAGCUGCCCCAUCAAGAUCGGCUCGUGGACGCACAGCGUGGAGGAGCUGGAUCUGCAGUCGACCGCUGACACAGUCGACGUCUCCAACAUGGCGGCCAACGGCGCCUGGAAGGUGGCCAGCUCGUCGGUGGUGCGAGAGGUGGAGACGUACGACUGCUGUCCGGAGGAGUACGUCAAGCUCGACAUAGAGCUUGUCCUGCGUCCGCAGCGCUGCUAGCCGUGUCGUCGGGCCGCCGCAGCUCCGCCAGACGACAGGGCAGAGCAGGCUGCGGCUGCGGCUCGGGUCCAGCUCAGGUCGCCACGUGAACCGAGCAGCGUCAACUAGAGUGGAACAGAAUGGUUUGGACCGUUGCCCAGCGAAGAUCUUGCGCAGGUUGUCAUGCUGCUCCACAUUCCUUGUGCUUUGCAUGAGGUUUCUAUGAUGUGGAGACGCAAAACAAUAGUUGUGUUAAAUGUUGGAGGUUUGUCCCUCGGCCAUGCACCAACGUGGCUGGAAAGCCACUGAUUCCAAAAUGUGCAACAGAAUAUAAUUUUCGUACAAGGAAAA